CUCACUACAACAGACGUGACUCCGAGAGAGACAUGGACGCGAGUGAAGGACGAGCGGACGCCGCUGACUCAGCCAGGGACUCCAGAGAGUGUCGGAUCUGCCACGCCGGCGCUGAGGACGGGCCGCUGUCGCAGCCGUGCGGCUGCCGCGGCUCGGCCAGCUGGGUCCACCGCGCCUGUCUUGAGCGCUGGCGCCGUUCGAGCACCCGGCGCGACGCCGCGUACCGGUGCGGGACGUGCAAGGUUGAGUUCCGCGAUGAGCUGUCGCUGGAGCUGCUCCGGGCUCGGCUCGACGCGCAGCGCGAGCGCGGCAGCGCGGGAGCCCUCCACUCCAUGUCGCGGCUGGCGGUGGAGCUUCAGGCUCAGGGCCGGCUAGCGGAGGCCGAGCCGCUGCUGCGCGAGGCGCUGGAGGUCUGCCGUGCGACUCGGGGCGCAAGCCACUCCGACACGCUGCUCUCCACCACGCGGCUCGCCGCGCUGCUGCAGGACCGGGGCGAGCUGGCGCAGGCGGAGCCGCUCUGCCGCGAGGCGCUCGAGGCGAGCCGCGCGGCGCUCGGCACGAGGCACGCGACUUACCUCGUCGCGAUGAACGACCUCGCCUCCCUUCUCCACGACCGCGGCAAGCUGAGCCAGGCUGAGCCGCUCUACCGCGAGUGCCUCGCGGCCCGGCGGCGGCUCCUCGGCCCGCGCCAUCCGGACACGCUCGUCAGCCUCUCCAACCUCGGCACGCUGCUGCGCUCGCUCGGCCGGCUGGAGGAGGCGGCGCCGCUGCAGGAGGCGGCGCUGCAGCUGGCGCGCGAGACGCUCGGCCGGCGCCACUCCGACACCCUCGCCUACCUGUCCAAUUUGGGGCUGCUGCGGCUGGCGCAGGGGCGGCUCGGAGAGGCGGAGGGCUUGUGCCGUGAGGCGGCGGAGGAGAGCCGCGCGACGCAGGGGCUGCAGCAUCCGGAGACGGCCGCGUCGAUGAGCAAUCUGGCGGCGCUCCUCAAGGCGCAGGGCCGACUCGACGAGGCGGAGGAGCUCUACCGCGCCGCGCUCGAGAGCCGCCGCGCGCUGCUAGGGGGGUCCCACCCGUCGGUGCUUCGGUCCGCCAGCUCGCUCAGCGCGCUGCUUCGCGCGCGUGGGAGGGGCGAGGAUGCGGCGGAGCCGCCGACGCGCCCCGAGGCAGCAGCGCGUGGGAGGGGCGAGGAUGCGGCGGAGCCGCCGACGCGCCCCGAGGCGAGGUUGCGCCGCCGCGACGGCCCCCACCGUUCGAUGCGACGCUCCGUCAGCAGCGCGGGCGCUCUGCCUGCGGCCGACGGCACGCUGGUGGCGGACGGCGGCGGCUGUGCGGGCUGCUCGGCUGCAAACACGGGUGCAACGAGCGAUAACGAACGACACGGGGCCCCCCAAGAGAGAGGGUUGCGCUUGUGAUUGAAGCAUUGUCUCGUCUCUGCUGAACUUGGGGAAGAGUCUCGGGACCUAGAGUGCAGCGCGCACGAUACUAUAAUUAAAUAAAUAAAUAAAUAA